AUGAGGGAUCCCUCUGCCUCGCCGCACCUUCGAAGGAGAGUAGAUGGCCGACUUAUCCGAGAGCAGCAUCCGACCACAAGCCCGGUGAUGAAAGAACGAUACAAGGAUGAGUUUCCUGUCCUGGGUAAAAUCAAGUCUCUUCUACCUGAUCAUGGCAACAUGCGUGAACUCAUCAGGAUAAUUAGAAGGCGCUUACAGCUCAACACUGAUCAAGCCUUCUUCCUGUUAGUGAGUGGGCGCAGCAUGGUGAGCGUGUCCACACUGAUUUCCGAAGUGUGUGAAAGUGAGAAGAAUGAAGAUGGAUUCCCAUGUAUGCUAUAUGCCUCUCAGGAGAUAUCUGGAAUGAAACCGAAAGGCCACCAGACCAACCACCCAGUCAGCACCAGCAUCAAGUCGGUGCACCAUGACGACACCUGA